UGACGCGAUGGCACCCGUGGAUGGAAGUAAUCUACGCUUUGCCGUUGGUGACCGCGUUUCUUGCAACAUGGGCUCUGAUGGCUGGGCUAGUGGAAAAGUCGUUGCUUUGCAGUAUCGAGAGGACCACUGGCCAGCCAAGAAGACAGCGCCAUAUCAGGUGGAGUUGGACCCAGCCUUUGGCAGCGCACUGAUCUUUGCACCAAUGGACAUCCCGAAGGUCAUCCGAGCAGAGAUGCCUAGCACUUUCUCGUUGCCAGAGGAUGGCAGGGAUGCAGCAGAGGUGCUGGCGGCUUUGAAGACGGAGGUAGCCAAGCUGCAGGAUGAUCCAAUCGUUCUGACUGUCUCCGGUCCAGAACUGAUGGCUGUUGCGGAGGAUGGUACUGAGCUGUUCGUGCCCAAAGAUGCCGGCCCCUGGGUGAUUACCAUGGUAGUCCAGGGGCCCACGACCUCCGCCUACAGCUCGCACCUCCGCAUGCAGCUGAAAGUGAACACAGCAUGGCCCAAGUCUCCCGCUGAGGUGAGGGUGCACAGCUGGAUCCACAGUCCUUUUGUGAAGCAAAAUGGAGUGAUGGAUGAAGCGGCCAUGGCGGAGGCACUUGGCACCUUGGAUGCCGACGUGUCACCCUUGUGCCGCACAGUCCGGGCAGCUUUUUCUCUGUUGAACAAUCCCAGCCAGUUCUGUGAGGAUGACACGGACUCAGCUGAUGAUGCCGCGGAAUCCAACAAGGAGCGUUUGGAUGUUAUUUUGAAAUAUAAAGUCCAACGUGAACACGACUGGCUUUUCGACCCCAAGAGGGCCUACUCAACGGAGACCAUUCAUCCUGAGUACUGGAAGGCAUAUUGCCUGAACACGCCGGAAGCGUGGGCAGCCCUCGUGACCACCGAAGCGACGGAAGUUUAUUCGGUUCCGUUGUUCAAACCGGAGCUGUGCAAGGCCUUCGUGGAGGAACUGGAUAAGUUUCAUGGCACUGGGUUGCCGGCACGCAGGCCGAAUAGCAUGAACAACUAUGGAAUUGUGGUCAACGAAAUUGGCAUGGAACCAGCUCUGGACCAGCUUUGUCACAACUUGCUGCAGCCGCUGGCUCAUUACCUCUUUCCAGGUGUUGGAUCUCACUUCGAUAGGCACCACACCUUUGUGGUGCGCUACAAGGUUGGCGAAGACUUGGGUUUAGACAUGCACACGGAUGAUAGUGACGUCACCUUCAACGUUUGCUUGGGGAAGGACUUCAAGGGCGCAGGGCUUCAAUUCUGUGGUGAUCAGGGAGCAACAGAUCAUCGCAAGGCAAGCCUUCAAUAUCAGCACAGAGUUGGUCAUUGCGUUGUGCAUCGCGGUCACCGACGCCAUGGUGCUGAUGAUAUCACAGAAGGCGAGCGCUUGAAUCUCAUCGUGUGGACCCGAAACAUUGAAUAUCGACGAUCGCGCUUGUGGUCCAAAUUCAACAUUCAAAGCCGGUCAAGCGGCUACAAGCGAGAGAGUGAGCCUCCUGAUCUGGUGUGUUUGUCCUUUACGCACGACCGCGACUACGGCGUCUUCAAGGAAUACAAGGGUGACAAGAAGCGCCAUCGUGGAAAAGGGUGGUGUCCUCCAAUUCAUGCGGAGUAUGAAGGCUUCAUGGAGGAGGAAUCCGUGGAUUGAGCGUGUUAGAUACUGUCAGUUUCUUGUGAGAUCUUGUGAGCUCUGCUUGCAAGUGUACAUACGAGGUAAGUUUCAGCACCAUUCGCUGCUCUAGCUGUUAGGUGCUCAAGCGGGCAGAGUCCAGCAUCGUGCGGUAUGCCCGCAGGACAUGGACUUGGGCGCAAUGUGGAACCUAGCUCUGAAUCAUACUGCAUCUCUGGAAUGCUGGCCACCUGCUUACAAUACAU